AGCUGGGUUAAUGAGGAUAAAUUACUCGGAUUACUUAAGAAUGUAAUUCACAGUCUCGGGUGAGAUUAUGAGGAAGUUUAGUUAUUUGGAAUAUCUCAUUUCUCAUACAGCGACUUGUAUUUCCGGUAAAAGAUCAACCCACAUAACCUCUUCCUGCUCGUUCAUGUCUGUGUGUUUGGAUGGGUUUAGAAACGCCGGCGUUUAGUCGCUAGACGCAGUAAACUGAUCUUUCUGCGUCAUACUUGUUUUUUUUUAGUCCGUUUUUACACUCGACUAAAGAGAAGAACGGCUUUAAAUAUGUCUAACGACGGGACACCAGAUGACCAGAUUGGAGAAGCCCUUUUAAUCAGGGUGGUUAAGGAUCAGAUGGUGAAUAUCACUCCAGAAGGAAAAUUCUGUCUCCCAGAGGUUCAACCUUUACACAACGCGCAGCACCGGAAGCUGUUGGAUGAACUGGCCAAGUCGGUUCGAGUGAUCGGUGACCAGCUUAACCACGAGCAAAACUUUAAUAAUCAGAUCGAUGGUUUAGCAUGUCAGUGUGAUAAGACGAUUUUUUCCAAAUUGGUGGAAGGCGUCUUCAGCGACGGAACCAUCAACUGGGGAAGAAUCAUCGUGCUGUUCUACGCGGUCGGAAAGCUGGCUGUAAAGAUGGUUCUGGCUAACCUGCCCACCCACUUCUCGGAAAUACUGGAAUCCUGUUUGGAUUACUUCAGGACAAAGCUGCUGGGAUGGAUUCGCAGCAUGGGCGGAUGGAUCAGCAGCAUUUCGGCUAUGACUCAAUUCUCUAUCGAGCAUAUCUCUGCCUCGUCUUUCUGCGGCAUCCUGUCUGUCGAAAACCUCUUUGCCUUUGUCUGUGGGGUCACGUUGGGGAGCGUCAUUGUCUGGAAGCUCAGUAGGAGCAGCUGAAGACGAUGAUAGAGAGAGAGGAAAAGAAAAGAUGGAGGCUGGGAGAUGAUAAACAAGUUGCACUGUGGCCAGUCUUUUAAUGUGCGUGUUUUUUGUUAUUUUUUUUCAUCAUCAUACAUCCAGAUCUUUCUUCAGUUUAGUACUUUAGAUAUAAAGAUUAAUGUUGAAAUGUUUAAUGUUUAAAAAAAGUAGUCUGAAAUGUUCACGAUCUACAGCAAAAGCUUUAAUUGUGAAGCAGUGGAUUUUGUCCCUCUGCUGCCUGCAAGACGAAUUACAGUGAAACUGGACUGAGGGUCCUUAAGAGACAUUCUCAUUCCUGUUCCUGGAGAACUGAAUGUCCUGCACAUUUUAGUCUUCAUUACCAGCCUAGGUGUGUUCGAUAGUGGCAGUUUUAGACCAGUUUAGUAGAGGUGACAGACUAGGACCCAGACUGGGACCAGUUAAAACUGGACUUUCCUCCUGUUUUGUUGUGUCCAUGUUACUGACUGAAGGUCUUUAAUAAUUUGUAGUGUUUCAGAAAUAUUUCUGUUUAUAGCUUACUAGGGGUGGAGAUAUUCAUAGAAAAGCGUUUGAUAUCAAACCCAUUUCUGCUCUCUGAGAUGCUCUGAGUGUUUGUUCCUCUAAAAAGCAGCUCAGAUUUCAUCUUCGACCAGUAAAAUUCAGUGUAAGGUUCUCCAACAGAGGGAAAACCACACGUCUAAACACACACUGAAAGCCAACAGACCCGUUUUAGAUCAGACUCACAGACAUAUUGAAUGAAAACGUCCCAUAAUUCUGCUGGCAGACUGGAACACUUGUGUGCUGGUAAAAAGGGUUAAAUCGGCCAUUAAGAAAGACUUCUGUACUCAGUGGUAUACAAUAAUGUGAGGUGACUGAUGCCUUCACUGUAACAUGUUGAUCUGGUCUUUAUUUCAUGCCUCUGUAUGAGCAAUCAGGCUACAGAAUAUACAUCAUAAUUAUUUCCAAGUCUCUAUUUAAGGUGGAUUAGGGUGCAUUAGGGAACCUGUGUGUGUGUGUGUGUCUAAAAAAAACCACACCUAUGGUACUAGAGCAGGAAAAAACAGGACAGAAGGUUCUCCAGGACCAGAGAUGGAAACUUGACACAAAGCCUCAAGUACAGUUUAGAGUUCAUUCAGUUUAGGGACGUGGCUUAUUACCUGUGUGGAUAAAUACGAACAGAAAGUGCCGAAAAAUAGGUACGAUAUUUUUAGGUACGAAAAAUUGUUUUCUUGUAAUAGAUUAAAGGUAUAAAUGAUAAAGUAUAAAAUAGUCAACAAGACUAAAGUACUAGAAUGUAGAAAAGAUACUCAGAUGACUGAAAAUGUGACUAAAAAUUGAUAUAUAUUUUUUCAUUUUGGACUGAUUUUAUCUCAUGCUCUUGUCAUUACGCUAUAAGAUGAAUUAUCUUCAGCAGCGAAAGUGACGACGGAUUUUUUUACUACACAGUAGGGUGAGCUUUAGUGAUGGUUUGUUCUACAUGGCUGUGUAUUUAUUUUCUUUUGUAGCAGCUCUUUUUUAACACCUCAACACCUCUACCUCCGGAAAAAGCACAGCGAUGUCACUUGAAGAUCCUGAAAAUUCACUCCAAAACCUUUAGCAAUUUUUUUUAUUUUAAAAUAAAGUGCUUGUUAGUUUGUUUUUGUUGAAACGUGAUAGUAAUAAUAUUCGAUUGGAUGGAAUUUUGUGUAUUCUCACAGAGCAGCCUAAACGGUACGGAGAGAGAUGUAGAUUGAUCUCCCAUGAUCAUAUCAUACACAUUAUAAAUGGUCACUUCAGGUCUCUGUUGCCACCAUAAGUUUACAGUCAGGAACCCGAUCCCUCUUAGAAAUGAUUGGUUUCUUGGGUAACUCAGGUUUCUUGGGGAUGGACACUCACUUCUCACUUUGCUCAAGGAAUACUCAACAACUCAACUAAAAAAAUAAUAAUUUUGCAAUAUCUAUGUCUGUAUCAAUUUUUGAUAACGAUCCUGAAUAUAUACGAAAUAAAGAUUUCUUUAAAAUA